AUGCCAGUUUGGUCACCUUCCGCGUUCAUCCCUCAGGUGAGCCCUCACGGGUCCUGGCUAGCCACUCAAAUAAAGUACGGCCUAGGUAAGGAUCUUGUCUGCGUGAGGAACGGCGUUGCCAAAAGACCAAAACUGCGCAGAGCUAGCCGUGUGCGCGACGGCGGGGCGCUUCCGGUCCGGUUGACAGCAGAGGUCGGUGCUGGUCAGCGUGAACAGGAAUUGGACGCUUUGAUCGUGAGAAAUGGGAGCUCGGGUUUGAGGCACGCCCUGACUGCUGGGCCAAGAGUUGGAUAUGCAAACUUCAAAGAGCUUCUGCUUACCCUCGUUUGUGGCAUGGUUGUCGCACUGGUGCUUUGGCCGACGCGCAGGCCCCGGUUUGUGCACAGUGCGCGAGAAUCAAUAUGGACCAAGGUUCUCUUUUCGUGCAGAUCUUCGGCACUCGGUUCUCGGAGAGAGCCAGUGGCUACUUCACGUCGCGUUGAAGUUCCGAAAAGCCUACUGGCGUGUGCCUCGCCAGCGCCGACCGCGAUACAAACCACGGAUAUCGCGAGCGAGCGAACGCUUCGCGGGAAGCUGAUCAAAGUGGGGCGAGAAGCCACUCAUUUUGAAAUGCAUGAACCUGUCGCAGACGCAUUGGCGGUGCUCAUUGCGACGGUUAUUGUGGUACCGAUCAUGAAGCGAUUGAGAAUGUCGCCGAUCUUGGGGUUCCUUCUCGCUGGGGUGGUCAUGGGCCCGAAUGGUUUGAAAAUUGUGAAGGAAAUCGGUGCGAGCAAAGCCUUGGCAGAGCUUGGAGUUGUCUUCUUCCUUUUCGAAAUGGGACUUGAACUCAGCGUAGCGCGCCUCAAGUCACUGUUUAUGGAUGUGUUUGGUCUAGGUCUUGCACAGUUCGUCGUGACUGGUGUUGCACUCGGAUUCGCUUGUACAAGCGCAGGCCUCGAUAUUCGCGCUGCUUUUGUAGUAGGAGGUGCGCUUGCCCUAUCUUCAUCAGCAUUCGUGCUUCAGAUGCUGAACGAGAGAGGCGAGAUCGGAACGCGCUUCGGCCGCGGUGCUUUUGGCAUCCUGCUGUUUCAAGAUCUCGCUGUGGUGCCGCUUCUUGUUGUAGUGCCGCUCUUGGGCGCCAGUGGAGGCGGCAUGUCGUUGGCGACAGCCUUGAGCGUCGCAGCAGCAAAGGGUCUUAUCGCUCUCGUGAGCAUCUACUUUGCCGGGCAUUUUCUAUUCGAUCCCGUCUUCAAUGCGACUGCCGGGGCGAAAUCGCCUGAGGCGUUCGUCGCCACCAUCCUUGCCACUGUUCUCGGUAUGAGCGCGCUGACCGAAGGCUUUGGCUUGAGCGACACACUGGGGGCAUUUCUCGCAGGCACGCUUCUGGCGGAAACCAGAUAUCGACACCAGAUCGAAGCAGACAUUAUGCCCUUUCGCGGGUUGCUCUUGGGCUUGUUUUUCAUGACUGUUGGCUUCGGAAUCGACAUGCGCUUGCUGGUGGGAAAUCUGCGAGUGGUUCUGCUCCUCAUUCUCGGUGUGUUAGCGCUCAAAGCAGGGAUCAUCACGGCACUCGCUCGACUAUUCGGUUUCAGUUUUGCCAAUUCACAGCGAACCGGUCUCAUUCUUGCCCAAGGCGGUGAGUUCGCGUUUGUCGUCCUCGGACUUGCGCAGCGCAGCAGCGUUCUGGAUCCUGCACUGACCCAGCUUCUCAACCUGGUGAUCGCUUUAAGCAUGGCGUGCACGCCGAUACUUUUCGCUCUGGGACUUCGAAUCGCGUCUGCAAUUGAACAGCGACGAGGGUUAAUCGGCACCCGCUCCGAAGAUGUUAGCGCUGCCAGUGAUUUCGUGCUCGUGGCCGGGUACGGCCGAGUGGGACAAGCGAUUUGUGACAUGCUCAGCGCGCGCUUCAUUCCAUGGGUGGCAUUCGAUACGAGUCCCACACGUGUUAUUGAAGCGAGAAAGAAAGGUCUUCCCGUCUUCUUUGGUGACGCUUGCCGUCCUGAUGUUUUACGGACUGCGGGUGCGGGAAAAGCGCGAGCGAUCGUGGUCACUGUGCGAGAUCCGGAUGCGGCUUUCCGUGCAGUGACCGCCAUUCGCCAGGAAUUUCCCGAAAAACCGGUCUUUGCGAGAGCGCGCGAUGAGCGCCAUCGAAAAAUGCUGUCUAUGGCCGGAGCGACAGCCAUUGUACCCGAGAUUCUCGAAUCCAGUCUCCUUCUCGGAGGAGCCGUCCUUCACGCCUUCAAUGUUCCAGCGGAAGAAAUUUCUCGUCUGAUUGAGGAUGCACGCAAACGUGCCGUCAGCGAAUUCGGACUCGAAAUGUUUGGUGAACUGUCUUCAGAGAAGAUGGGCAUGUGGCGGUACAAGGCGGAAGAGACAUCACGCCAGAGCCCGAAUGGCAGCAUCUCGACAGCAGCUAGUGCAGUGGGCUCUUUACUGGCUGCCGCACCUACUGCACAGGCACAUGGCGACCGAGACGGUGACUUUUCUGAAAGCACAGAUUCUCAGCUGGAAAAUGAAGGUAGAGACAAGUCCCGCUCGACUGAUGAUGAGCAGAACGGAGCCGACUCCGAUGCUGGCCGUGAGCGAAUCCGAGCAGAUACGCAUUUGGACGUAGAAACGAGCGACGAGGAACUCGAGGUCGAUGAGGGUGAGCUCAUCCCGGAAAGCGCCCUUCGCAUGCCUGGACCCAUCACACCGUCAAGCUCCAAACAAGUUCGUCACGAGGAUGAAUAUCCCGAAUACCCUCCGUAUCCACUGGACGAGGACAUUUCGACAACCGGCAGCCCGGCCGACGCACGUCGAGAAGGAGGCAAUUUGUGA